AUGAAGUACGUUUUGAUCACCGGCGGAGUAGUAAGCGGCCUCGGCAAAGGCGUCACCGCCAGCAGCAUCGGCGUCGUGCUUAAGGCCUGCGGCCUUCGCGUCACUUCCAUCAAAAUCGAUCCGUAUUUGAACAUAGACGCUGGCACCAUGUCUCCCUUUGAACAUGGAGAGGUUUUUGUUCUUGAUGACGGUGGAGAGGUUGAUUUGGAUUUGGGAAAUUAUGAGCGUUUCCUUGAUGUCACGCUUACAAAGGAUAACAAUAUCACCACUGGGAAAAUAUACCAGUCUGUUCUUGAGAAGGAGCGUAAAGGGGAUUAUCUUGGGAAAACUGUUCAGGUGGUUCCACAUAUCACUGAUGCCAUCAGAAAUUGGAUUGAGUCGGUUGUUGUGAUUCCAGUAGAUGGAAACGAAGGCCCUGCUGAUGUCUGUGUGAUUGAGCUUGGAGGAACUGUGGGUGAUAUUGAAUCUAUGCCAUUUAUUGAGGCUCUGCGGCAAUUUUCAUUUCAAGUGGGGCCUGACAACUUUUGUCUCAUCCACUUCACGAGCUAUCAGUUCCGUCAAAGGAGUAACUUUCUUGUUACAGCUCCAGCUUCCUCAGGCCAACCGACAGGAAUCAACAUCCCAACAGUUGCACAUCAUCAACAUCAUCACCGCGCCGGCAAAACAGUGACCGCUAUGGAUGUUGUUUAUGCACUCAAGAGGAAGGGAAGGACCAUGUAUGGUUUUGGGGUACCUCUGCCUCUAUUUCUUUUCAAUCACCAUCAGUACCUUCGCCUAUGUUUCUUCUCGACGGCUUCAACGACUCCAUUUGGAGCAUCGUCAUCGGCUUCUUCAAUGCCAUUUGGAGCACCGUCAAUAGCUUCUGUGACUGCGAUAACUUCGGCUAGCUCAUCGACUUUGACACUUUCGGUAAGCUUUCGAUUACUAGUUCAUUUGUUUGCAUAA